GUGAAAAGCAUUUUUUUUACUUUAUUUUUAUACACUUCUGAGGGCAAAAGUAAAUAAUUGCCAGUUCGGGUCCUUUUUAAAUCUCAGCAAACAUUAUACAUAUUGUAUACACGCAAUUGUGUGUUUUGCGUGGUUGGUAAACAUGCUACUGCCUGUCAUUUUUUUAAAGCCAAUUUAAGGUCGACUACAAUACUACUCAGAGUAAUUAUCAGCGAUAUUUAUACUCAAAGGUUUUGGCAUCUGUCUUCAGAACAGGAAGAACCUGUCCAACCUAACAUUCCAAACAGGAAGACGGUUGAAUAGAAAUCACAGAGCUAAGAAGCUAUGAUUUCAUUCAAGUGCAGGGAAACGGCAUGUAGGCAUCACAAAGCACUUGUGUGAAACAAACUGUUCGUUUAGUUUGCUAAGGGCCGAAUACUUGGCUAAACUUUCUCUGGAUUACAUUCUUCUCCACUUAGGAGCUAUCCAGCAAACCAUCAUCCUAUUGACAUAAAUCUGAGGAGACACAGGUCAGCAUGAUGGAACGGGACAGCCUGCAGGAGAGGAGCUCAGAACCGGGAGAUGAGAUGACAGAGGAGAGAUUCCUCAAAGACCUCUACCUCUUUAUGAAACAGAGAGACACACCAAUUGAGAGAAUACCUCAUCUAGGCUUCAAACAGAUCGAUAUGUUCCUAAUGUACAAGACGGUAAAGGAGCUAGGAGGCUAUCAACAGGUUACUACGCAGCAGUUGUGGAAGAAAGUUUACAACAUACUUGGCGGAAACCCACGCAGCACCAGUGCAGCCACCUGCACUCGCAGACACUAUGAAAAACUACUUCUUCCUUAUGAGUGUCACCAAAGUGGAUACAGGGACGAUAUUGUCUUCAGGACGCCUCGAUCACAAAAGCGCUUCCAUUCCAGCAGUUACGACUUUGAGCAUGAAUACCCCAGGAACGGCAAACGGGUAGAUUUCCGACACCUCCCGGCAUUCCCUCAGACCUCGCCGAACAUGUUUACUGAGCAUCAGAGACCGGUUUUUAACAUGCCUUUGAACGUCGCUUCAUACUUCCCACACGGCAGUACACCUCUACCCAGUUAUAUCGCACUUCGAGAAUCUGCACUGCCCCACCUAAGCCUCAACCCUUCUCAAGACGUUCCCCGAACACCUGCCUCGUACUUGGGCACGUCCUCUGUGGAGGUUCAGAGCAAACAGCCACUAGAUAGGCUACGCUACCUGGCAAAAGAGUACAAGUCAUCAACCGGUUUGGAGGAACCUCUCAACCUCAGUAGGAAAGAAAACAGUCUUGAGACGCUGAGUGACACGCCAUCAUCUUUCGCCCCACCUCCCUCUAAGAAGCCCAAAUUCCUCAACAAAGCCUCACCUCUUUACCCUCCAAGGGGUUUGACGACCGAAGAAGGUGCAGAACAAGGGGAAACAGUGGAUGAAACUUCCUCAGGAGAAGGAAGUACAGGGACUGUCCGAGCAGGACCGAGCCCAGUGAUGGCUGAUGUCAUUGAUCUCACGUCCAGUGCCAAUCCAGUCCCACGUAGAGCAAGUCCUCCUUCAGUCAAUCUAUUCAAUCGUAGACUAAACUACUCCGAAGCACUCUCUAUGAAAGCACAGGAACGCGACCAAUACGUAGACUGGUGGAAGGAAGAGUCUCCUGGUGCACCUACGCCUAAGUUAGGAGGGAUCUUAAACCAAAGCAAUGCCCAUGGACACCCACCCGUAGAUCCCAAUGGCAAAAUGGAAAUUCAGAUUCCUCUAAAGCUUCUACAGGAGCUCAUUAGGAGAGGACUGGUUUCCAACCAGGCAUUGUCGGGAAACGGGCCUGUUUCUCAAAGCCCAACCAAAGCUGAAGCACAACCCGCGCACAAGUUAUCCAUGCGAUCACAUUCAGAAACAUCCGAGAGUUCCACCACAUGUGAGGAGCCAGCCAAUUUGAGUCUGAAGAGCCCUUUCAGGAACCUUUCUGAUAUGAUCCCUCGAGAUAAUGGUAUAAAGAAGCUCCAGAUGUUUCACGUAAACAGCUAUCUCAAGCACUCUCUGGACAGGGAUAUACACAAGCCCUUUCAACCUAAACAGGCACAAGUUCCUAUGACAAACAACCAUGAAAGCAUGAACGUCAGACCCCCCAGUUUCAGUGAAGACACUCCACUCUCUUUGAUCAUGAAGCAUGGAAGAAAGUCAGAGAAAGUGAUGGCAACAUCUAACAAUGGAGCAAAGGAAAUCUCAACUUCUCCACCUUUGACAUCAGACCACCUCAAAUUCCUUCUGGCACACCUGCCCUAUAGACUGGAUAGUGGGCAGACAUUUUAAGAAUUUGAAAAGUUUUUGACCUUGGUCAAUGCCGUAAUCUUGCCAGAUCAGACUCUCUUAUUGCAUCACUCAAGGAUUUCUGAAAAGAUGAACUGAAAAGAGAAAUGUUGAGGAUGGACAUGACAGAUGCUUUUUAGCGAUUAAACCUUUUGCAUAAAAUGUAUAUAAACAUAAAAAGGGACAACUCAGGGAAAAAAGUUUGUGUUUAGUCUGUAAAUACUCUUAAUUUGUAUGCAAUGGUACAUUUUUGUUAACUUUUUAGCAAGACUCUAUGAAGAAACACUGAUACCUUGGCAGCAAAGCAUAGAACUUUUUUGUAAUUAUUGUUUAUAUUUUAUUUUUAAAAUGGAUAAAUAACCUUGAUUUGUUUCUGUCAUAUUACUUCACAAUUCUUCUUAUUUCUUUAAUGGCAAAAAGAGAUUUAAUAAAUGUUUUUUUAGAAUAA